GGCAAGGAGGUCACGCAUACCUGCGAGAAUGGCUUUGGUGGGCAGGGCUGCUGUGCAUGGGAGUUGGAGAAGCAGCAAAUUUUGCUGCCUAUGCCUUUGCUCCUGCAACACUGGUAACUCCGCUGGGUGCUCUAAGUGUCCUUGUUAGUGCAGUUCUGUCUUCUGCCUUCCUGAAUGAGCAGUUGAAUGUUCACGGGAAGAUUGGCUGCAUUCUGAGUAUCCUGGGCUCCACAGUGAUGGUGAUCCAUGCUCCGCAGGAAGAAGAGGUUUGCAGCCUGGAGUCAAUGGCAGAGAAGCUGAAAGAUCCAGGAUUCAUUGUAUUUGCUGCAUGUGUCCUGGUGACCUCCCUUCUGCUUAUCUUUGUGGCUGGACCCCGUUAUGGGCAGAGCAACAUCCUGGUUUAUCUUUCAGUCUGCUCCGCCAUUGGGUCACUUUCUGUGUCCUGUGUCAAAGGCUUGGGGAUUGCCCUAAAAGAACUGUUUUCUGGGAAGCCAGUCCUAAAAGAACCACUGGGCUGGGUGCUCCUAGUGUGCCUGGUGAUCUGCAUCAGCAUCCAGAUGAACUAUCUGAACAAAGCCUUGGACAUCUUCAACACGUCUGUGGUCACGCCUGUUUACUACGUGCUGUUCACCACAGCAGUCAUGAUGUGCUCUGCCAUCCUCUUCAAGGAGUGGCAACACCUGAUGCUGGACAACAUCAUCGGCACCAUCAGCGGCUUCCUCACCAUUGUGUGUGGCAUCUUCCUCCUGCACGCCUUCAGGGACAUGCCCUUCACCCCUGACCUCCUGCCCCUCUUCCUGCAGCGAGGCAGGGCGGACCUACACACCUCAUGGAGGAGUACAGACAGACAUCAGUCCUGUCAGCACCGACCUCUUCUGCCUUCAGAGGACAAAGGCCCUCAGAGCACAGAGGAAGAGGGUGACAGUAUGUGA